AUGAUGCGAUCUUACAUUCUAAUACUGACUCUUCUAUUUUUGUGCCUUCUUUUCAUAACCAGAAAUCAAGUUCUUGGUCAAACAAAAGAGCCAAAGAAUUUUGACUUGAAUAAAACGCCUCCUCCUGAAGAUGGUCCAGAGGGUGAAAUCGUACAUUCGCAAUAUCCGAUCGAUAACACUAGUAUGAUUACCGAUAAAGUAAAUGAAGCAGAGGUGAAUCAAGACAAGAAAAAUCGAAAACGUAAGGCAAAAGUGGAACCUAAUGAGAAAGCCGAACGUAAAAGAGCCUAUAAUCGUGAAAAGUCGAAAAAAAGGCGGCAAGGUCUUCGAGAACGCAAGUUGGCUGGUACUUUGACUGAAAGUGAUCUUAAAACACUCGAUUCAAUGAGGUCACACUAUCAAAACUACUAUCGAGAUCAUAAAGAAACUUUGUCACAACGUCAUAAGGAUUAUCGAAAAAAUCACUUAGCUGAAUUUGCAGCCAGAAGCAGGAAAUGGAGAAGUGAAAAUUUGGAAAAAGCAAGACAAUCGGAUAGACGAUAUCGGGAAAACAAUGCGGAGAAGAUCAAAAUCGAUAAAGCACGUUUAAGACUUAAACAGCAAAAUGUCGAGACGAACGAUAGAUCUACCGAAAAGCAAAGUUCACUCUAA